CACUCAGGGCGUGUUCAUGACUGGGUGACCUUGUGGCGUCCACGUGUCCUGUGAACCGUCUCGAGUUCGUAGAUUUAUACCGCAUUCCGUCAACACUGAUCUUUUCUCGCCGUUCCAAAAAGAUGAUGGCAUGCAGAUGCAAAUGAAUUAAGCCUACGAGGCUGCAUAUAAAAACUUUUCAUACUUGUGAGGACAGGGGGCAUCUGAGUGACGAUUUCAGUUUUGGAUUUGCCGCAGGUGUUUAAGUGCACUGACUGUAAUAAACAUAGAAAUGACGAGGCCCAUGCCUAUAAUGAACUACUUGAGGUACCUGAAUGAGGUAUCUCUUCGGAGGGCACCGUCUGCGAUCCGUGAAUUCAGUGUAUAGUGCUCAAGCUGUAAAGACACAAUUUCAUUGAGAAUGGACUAUACCCGAUAUUUCAGUCGUGUGUCAAAAAAUAGAAAAUUCAGUUGGCUAAGAGAAUAUGCUAAGUUAUUGCAAGACCUUCCACCAGGCACAGUGUUUUUGGCUGGAGGUGUGCCAAAUACCACUCAGUUUCCAUUUGUGGAAGCCAAGUUCACCCUGCGAGAUGGCUCAACAAUUGCUAUUGACCCAAAGCUCAUGUCCCAGAGCCUCCAAUAUGGUGCCACUGAAGGAGUUCCAGCACUGAGGAAGAAGCUGGAGGAGAUGGUCAGCCGCUAUCAUGGAGUCAAUGAGGAGCGGAUGGAAAAAUCAGAGGUGUUAGUCUUACCUGGGAGUCAGUUUGGUCUUGCCAUGGCACUGGAGGCAAUGCUCAACAAUGGCUCGUAUCUCAUCAUUGAGGAACAUGCCUACCCAGGGGUCCUGAGUGCUGUAAACCCCUACAAUCCCAAGUACCUUCCAGUGAAGGUGGAUGGAGAUGGAAUGAUCCCUGAUUCUCUAAGGGAAGUCCUGUCACCUUGGAAAGCAGAGGAGAUUCGGGACUCUGAUGGACUUGUCCCAAAGGUAUUGUACAUAUGUCCAAGUGGUGGCAAUCCAACUGGGUCAUCACUGACAGAGGAACGGAAACAGGAGAUCUAUCACAUUGCACAAGAAUACAAUCUUCUCAUCAUUGAGGAUGAUCCAUAUUUUUUCAUCCAAUUCAGAGAUAUCCUUCUCCUGGAACUGCUGAAUAAAUGGGGCUGGGAAGGAUUUGAUGAACAUGUUAGGCAGGUGCGCUGCUUCUACCAAUCUCAGCGGGACAUAAUGCUGGCUGCUACCCAGAAACACCUUUCAGGGCUGGUGGAGUGGUAUAUUCCAAAGGGUGGGAUGUUCCUCUGGAUGAAAGUGCCUCAGUUGAAGGAUACAUAUGAGAUGAUCAUGGAAAGAGGACUGGCGCACGGUAUCGUUCUCGUCCCUGGACGUCCCUUCUGUCCCGGGGGACAGAAUCACCCGUCGCAGUAUCUCCGAGCCUCCUUCUCCCUUGCCACAAAGGAUGAGAUGGACCAGGUAUGCCUAUGUGUCCUGGUCACUGUU